GGAGGCUUGGGCGCGCGCAACCUGCCGGCCUCGCUAGGACCGAGGGGCGCGGGCAGGGCCGCUGGCGGCCCGACCGAAGGGGCUGGGAGCCCCCGCGCACUCAUCAUGGCCGAGGGGCCCUUCUCCAAGUUCCUGCAGAAACUCGCCUUCUGGGAUGCCGGCCCCCAGUACCAGGCGCUGGAGAGGGGCGAGGUGGACGACUUGAUUGAUGAACGCGAUGAGCUGAAAGCCAUAGAAAAAGAGAAGACAGUGGUGGCCCUGCCUCCCAAGGAAGCUUGCAAAUGCCACAGAGAGGACUUGGCAGAAGCGUUUCAGGUGGACUUGAACAACGGGCUGUCGGAGUUCUCGGUGACACAGCGCAGGCUGGUCCACGGCUGGAACGAGUUUGUCGCUGACCGCACUGAACCAGUGUGGAAGAAAUACCUGGACCAGUUCAAGAACCCCCUGAUCCUGCUGCUGCUGGGCUCCACCCUGGUGAGCGUCCUCACCGGGCAGUACGAGGACGCCGUCAGCAUCGCCGUGGCCGUGCUCAUCGUGGUCACCGUCGCCUUUAUCCAGGAGUACAGGUCGGAGAAGUCGCUGGAAGAGCUGACCAAGCUGGUCCCCCCGGAAUGUAACUGCAUAAGAGAAGGCAAGCUGCAGCACCUGCUCGCGAGAGACCUGGUCCCCGGAGACAUCGUGUCCCUCUCCAUCGGAGACCGGAUCCCCGCAGACAUCCGACUCACAGAGGUCACUGACCUCCUGGUGGACGAGUCCAGCUUCACCGGAGAAGCUGAGCCGUGCAGUAAGACAGAUGGGCCCUUGGCGGCCGGGGGCGACCUCACCACGCUGAGCAACAUCGUCUUCAUGGGGACCCUGGUGCAGUACGGGAAGGGCCAGGGCGUCGUGAUCGGAACAGGGGAGAGGUCUCAGUUCGGAGAAGUGUUUAAGAUGAUGCAGGCAGAGGAGACACCAAAGACGCCGCUGCAGAAGAGCAUGGACCAGCUGGGCCCGCGGUGGGAGCCGUCCCGGUCUGCAGGUGUCUCUGUCCCCCCAGGUCUGAUCAUGCUCGUCGGCUGGCUGCAGGGGAAGCGGCCUCUCAGCAUGUUCACCAUUGGGGUCAGCCUGGCCGUGGCGGCCAUUCCGGAGGGGCUGCCCAUUGUUGUCACGGUGACGCUGGUGCUGGGAGUGCUGCGGAUGGCCAGGAAGCGCGUCAUCGUGAAGAAGUUACCCAUUGUGGAGACCUUGGGCUGCUGUAAUGUCAUCUGUUCGGACAAGACGGGGACUCUGACUGCCAAUGAGAUGACGGUGACUCAGCUUGUGACGUCUGACGGGCUCCACGCCGAGGUCAGUGGUGUUGGGUAUAAUGGCUCAGGGACUGUGUGUCUUUUGCCAUCCAAGGAAGUAAUUAAGGGGUUCUCCUGCAUCUCGGUGGGGAAAUUAGUGGAGGCCGGCUGUGUCGCCAACAACGCUAUCAUCAGAAAAAACGCCGUGAUGGGGCAGCCCACUGAAGGCGCCCUGAUGGCCCUGGGGCUGAAGAUGGACUUAGGUGACAUUAAAGAGUCAUACGUGAGAAAGACAGAGAUUCCCUUCAGCUCGGAGCAGAAGUGGAUGGCGGUGAAGUGCAGCCCCAGAGGCCAGGACCAGGGAGACAUCUACUUCAUGAAGGGGGCCUUUGAGGAGGUGAUUCGCUCCUGCACCACCUACAACCACGGGGGCAUCCCCCUGCCUCUGACGCCCCAGCACAGGGCGUUCUGCAUGCAGGAGGAGAAGAGGAUGGGGGCGCUGGGCCUGCGAGUGCUGGCCCUGGCUUCCGGGCCCGAGCUGGGCAGCCUGACGUUUCUGGGCCUCGUCGGCAUCAUCGACCCUCCGCGGGCUGGCGUGAAGGAGGCCGUGCGGGGUCUCUCGGAAUCAGGCAUGUCUGUGAAGAUGGUCACGGGGGACGCGCUGGAGACAGCUAUGGCGAUAGGCAGGACCCUCGGUCUGUGCGGCGGGAAGCUGAAGGCCAUGUCGGGGGAGGAGGUGGAGAGCAUGGAGAAGGACGAGCUGGCCAACCGCAUCGCACAGGUGUCGGUGUUCUUCAGGACCAGCCCAAAGCACAAGCUCAGAAUCAUCAAGGCCCUGCAGGAGUCGGGGGCAGUCGUGGCCAUGACCGGGGACGGGGUGAACGAUGCGGUUGCCCUGAAGUCUGCGGACAUCGGGAUCGCCAUGGGGCAGACGGGGACGGACGUCAGCAAAGAGGCCGCCAGCAUGGUCCUGGUGGAUGACGACUUCUCCGCCAUCACGUAAGCUGCUCUUCAUGUCGGCUUCUACUGUCACUGCCACAUGCCGGGACCUGCUGCGGUGGGCUUUCAGGCGUCCCCGGGUGCCUACACCAAGCACCAG